AGGGCAGGACAGUAGCAGCAGCAGCAUUAGCAAUGGCAGCCCCAACAAAGCCACUAGUUUCUGAUCUUGUCUCAAGUAUAAGCUCUCUCCCUGCAAAUUAUGUUCGUCCAGAUUGCGAUCGUCCCAAUCUCAGUGAGGUUACUCUUGAUUACUCCAUUCCUCUCAUUGAUCUCCAAGGCCUGCAUGGCCCUGACCAUUCCAAAGUAAUCAAAGAGAUAGCUGAGGCCUGCAAAUACUAUGGCUUCUUUCAGGUUAAGAACCAUGGAGUUCCAAAAGAGGUGAUUGACAAGAUGUUGAGUAUAUCAAGGGAAUUCUUCCACUUACCGGUGAGUGAGAGGAUGAAGAAUUACUCCGAUGAUCCUAUGAAAAUGACGAGACUCUCCACCAGUUUCAAUGUGAAAACUGAGAAAGUAUCCAAUUGGAGGGAUUACUUGAGACUCCAUUGCUUCCCUUUAGAGGAUUACAUUCAUGAAUGGCCAACCAACCCUCCAUCUUUCAGAGAGGAUGUUGGGAAGUACUGCAAGAAUGCUAGAGAGCUGGCUCUGAGGCUACUUGACGCAAUAUCUGAGAGCUUAGGCCUAGAAAGGGAUUACAUGAACUCUGCCCUGGGAAAGCAUGGACAGCACUUGGCUAUCAACUUCUACCCGCCAUGUCCCCAGCCAGAGCUCACCUAUGGUCUGCCUGGUCAUGCCGAUCCAAAUGUUAUCACCAUUCUCCUUCAAGAUGAUGUGCCUGGUUUGCAGGUACUCAAAGAAGGCAAGUGGAUUGCGGUGAACCCCAUUCCUUACACCUUUAUUGUCAACCUUGGCGACCAAAUUCAGGUACUUAGCAAUGAUUGUUACAAGAGUGUGUUGCACAGGGCAGUAGUGAAUUGCAGCAAAGAGAGGAUCUCUAUCCCGACGUUCUAUUGCCCAUCACCGGAUGCAGUGAUAGGACCAGCCCCGCAGCUUAUAGAUGAUGAUCAUCCUCCCCUCUAUAGAAACUAUUCAUACAGUGAAUAUUACCAGAAAUUCUGGAACAGAGGGCUUAACUCCGAAACAUGUUUGGACAUGUUUAAGAAUUAAUAACUUCAUAAAUCCUAAAGAACCAU